AUGUCGAUGCGAUUUUUAUUUCGAAAUGAACGAUAUAUCUAUGCAAAUCCAUAUUGCAUUUACAAUGUUUAUAUUAAAUUAAGAUAUGUUAUUCCCAAAGUAAACGUCGCAAUUUGUUUACAACGUCGACCAUUUCAUAUCACGUCAGGAAAUUUUAUCAAUUCACCUUUAGACAAUAAUAUGAAAAUUGAUCCUAACGAUCCUUUAGUAACUAAAAUUCGUUCGGAUCCUCAAAUCCUUACAUCUAUUCAAGAAUUUUCUCAACUUCUUCAAGGAAAAGGAAUAGACUUAAGUACAGGUCAAAUGCCUUCUAUGUUACAAAUGGCUAAGCUUGCUUCAGAUAAAGAAGUAAGUUCAAAAAUUAUGGCCAUCAAUUCGCAACUUACCAAGGCGGGAAUAACUUUAGACGCGCAAACUGCACAAAAAUUUAUGAAUUGGGCCAAUACUGAAAAAACAGAAAUUACAAAAUCAACGCAACCAUUGGUUUCUCAAGCAACUCCACAAGCAGCAACUCCACAAGCAACUCCGCAAGCAACUCCACAAGCAACUCCACAAGCAACUCCACAAGCAACUCCAAAACAAGUUAUCCCAUCGACUCCUAAAGCAAGUACUGUUGAAGAAUCAAAAGUGACAACAUCUGCAAAGACACCUGUAAAACAAGCAGCAAAACCUCAAGAGACACAAAUACCAAAAUUGACAAAGGAAAAAGCAGAACAAUCACCACAAAAAGAAUCAGUUGGAUUUUUUACAAAGUUCAAAACAUUGAUAUUUGGAACUAAAAAUUGA